AUGCCGCCCGAUCGACAGCGCGCUACACGCAUAGUCCGCGUCCGAACCGGAUGCUGGUCCUGUAGGCGGCGAAAGAAGAAAUGCGACGAAAUCCGACCGAUAUGCGGGGGCUGUAUGCGUAAUGAUCUCGGUUGCCAGUGGCCCACAACCGUUCCUGGGAAGAAAUCCGACCCGGCUGGUCGCGUGUCGAGGAUCAGUGAAGAGCGUUCAAGCCCCUUGGGGGCCAUUGAAGAAUUCAAGUCGACGAGUUCUCCGAGUCCUGCGUCGCCGCGUCGUCAAUCUUCUGUUUCGUCAAGUGGUGGCUUCUCGGCGAUUCUUGGAGAGGCUGACCAUGCGGCCCACGAGAUAACGGAUCGCCGGGAUUCGAAUUUGAGCGAGAUUUCAAAUGUUUCGAAUAUGAGCAGAACUGAAAAUUCUCUUGUACCCGCAAUGGCAGUGGGGAAUGUCGUGCCGAGGACGAUGUCGAUGCUUCCUGGUUAUGACCCGGAAUCCUACACGUUGCUGAGCCAUUACCUCAGCACUACGGCUGAUUGCAUGGCAAACGGAACCACUCCCAUCAACCCCUUUUUGGUUCAGAUCGUGCCAUUGGCAUUUACGAGCGACUUGCUACUGCAGCUUGUGCUGGCCCAGAGUGCUGCGCACCGGGCAUUCCGACGCCGAGAUGAGUCCGAUGCAGUUGCCCAGUCUCACUAUACCAAGGCCAUCCAGCUGUUUCGACAUGGAGUAGGUGAAUUCAUCGAGGGAAAGGAGUCCAAUCCGUUAAUGUUGCUCGUUGGGGCCCUUCUUAUGUGUUUUACAGAGACUGCGAAGGGAGACAUGACAGGAACUAUCUUCGACCAUUUGACAGCCGCAAAUUCUCUUCUUGUGAAGCUUCUUGAGCAAAGUGACGCUGCAGUUCCUAGAGAGCUGAAAGAUUUCGUGAUUGAAUACUAUGUCUACACCGCAUCCGUUAGCAUGAUUUCGGUCGAUGCACGACUCAGUCGACAACUCUUCCUGAACUUCGACUUAGAGCAACGAGCUCGCGAACUUCUGACCCUGCAAUAUGUCGGAAACCUAUGCGGCUGCUGGCUGGAGCUGCUGCUAUUGAUCCCCGUUAUCUUCGAUCUCGGUCGACAAUGGAUGAUGGAGGACCAGGCUAGCAUGCCGACUGCAGACGACAUGGCCAUGUUCGCUUCGAUUCAAGCCCAGAUCUUACGAUGGGCGCCUUUCCCAUUCGUAGAACCGGAAGUCUUCAUGGCAGGCCUGAUCUUCCAACAGGCCAUGCUGAUCUACCUAUACACGUCUCUCGGUGGUUACAAGUACACGCGUGAUGGCAUGUACAGAGGGCUUGUUCAAACUGCAGUCACAGAGGCAAUGUCCUAUUUGGAACAGUUAUCGCCCAGUGCACGCAUCAAUUCUGGAAUGUGCUGGCCUAUUGCCGUUGUGGGCUCUUGUCUGGAAACUCCUGAGCAGAAGGAAGGUCUUGGAACCCGACUCACUGCUAUGUCGACUCAUUUUGGUCUUGGAAAUAUGCAUCGUACACACCAGUUACUUGAAGCGAUGUGGGAUCUACCACCUUCAGAGGCGGGGCCUUGGAAUAUUUGCCGUUCGAUGCAGCAGAAGCAAAUCUGGAUCUCAUUUGCUUGA